GAGCGGCUGCUGGUCGGCGGUGCCAACCCCGUUGCCAGGGAACAGGCUCCCGGCAGGCCCCGCGGCCCCGAGUCCGUCCCUGCCUCCUCGGGCCCGGCCGGGCCGACGAGUCCGGAGGGGCCGCCCUGGGAGCCCCCAGGUUUCCCUCGAUGCCAGAGUUCCUUUUCCUGCCCGAAGGUCAUCCGUGGACGCCUCGGCCAUGGCGUCACUCUCAGAGCCUGUGACGUUCAGAGAGUUCUGCCCGCUGUACUAUCUCCUCAAUGCCAUUCCCACAAAGAUCCAGAAGGGUUUCCGCUCUGUGGUGGUCUACCUCACAGCCCUGGAUACCAGCGGGGACUACAUCGCGGUGGGCAGCAGCAUCGGCAUGCUCUACCUAUACUGCCGCCACGUCAACCAGAUGAGGAAGUACAACUUCGAGGGCAAAACUGAGUCCAUCACGGUGGUGAAGCUGCUGAGCUGCUUCGACGACCUCGUGGCUGCAGGCACGGCCUCGGGCAGGGUGGCAGUGUUUCAGCUUGUGUCUUCACUGCCAGGGAGAAAUAAACAGCUUCGGAGGUUUGAUAUCACCGGUAUUCACAAAAAUAGUAUCACAGCUCUGGCUUGGAGCCCCAAUGGGAUGAAGCUGUUCUCUGGAGAUGACCGAGGGAAAAUUGUCUAUUCUUCUCUGGAUCUAGACCAGGGUGUCUGCAACUCCCAUUUGGUGUUGGAAGAGCCGUCUUCAAUCGUGCAGCUAGAUUAUAGCCAGAAAGUGCUGCUCAUCUCCACCUCCCAAAGAAGUCUGCUCUUUUACACUGAAGAGAAGUCUGUCAAGCAAAUCGGCACACAACCGAGGAAGACCGCUGGGAAGUUUGGUGCGUGUUUUAUACCGGGUCUCUGUAAGCAAAGUGAUCUAACACUGUAUGCGUCGCGGCCCGGGCUCCGUCUGUGGAAGGCUGAUGUCCAGGGGACCGUCCAAGCCACAUUCAUCUUAAAAGACGUCUUUGCUGGGGGAGUCAAGCCAUUCGAACUGUACCCACGUCUGGAAGCCACCGAUAGGGGAAGCUGCAGUGUGCCCGAGAAGCACCUGGGCCUGGUCUCCUGCUUUUUCCAAGAAGGCUGGGUGUUGAGCUGGAACGAAUAUAGUGUCUAUCUCCUGGACACCGUCAACCAGGUCACAGUGGCAGGUUUGGAAGGAUCAGGUGAUAUCGUCUCUGUUUCCUGCACAGAAAAUGAAAUCUUUCUCUUAAAGGGAGAUAGGAACAUUAUCAGAAUUUCAAGCAGGCCUGAAGGAUUAGCGUCAGUAGGGAGAGACGGUCUGGAAACGUCAGGGUGUGUGGAGCGUGUCCAUGUACAGCGUGUGGAGAAGCCGCCAGGGGCCCCAGUGUCUGACACGCGACUCCGGGGCUCUUCCGUGGCCAGCUCGGCAGCCAGCGAGCCCAGGAGCCGGAGCAGCUCGCUCAACUCCACCGACAGUGGCUCCGGGUUGCCAUCCGGCCCCCAAGCCGCCUCCGAGCUCGGGCAGGACAGCCAGCCCUCUUCACAGAGAUUCAGCGUGAUCAGCUCGGAAGACUUUGACCAAGAGCUUGUUGUGAAACCUAUCAAAGUGAAGAAGAGGAAGAAGAGGAGAAAACCAGAAAACGGGAGCAGGAGCGCCUGCCACAGCUCCCUGGAGUCGACCCCCUGCUGCGAGCUUCCCAGCGGGAGCCCGCACUCCCUGACCUCAGACUUGCUGUCCAUGACCUCCAGUAUCCUGGGCAGCAGUGUGGACCAGCUGAGCACAGCGUCCCCCGACAAGGAGAGCAGCCUCUGUGGGGAGCUGAACGGUGGCCUGCCAGGGAACAAUGACUCCGAGACAUUUAGUGUGCUGGAGAUCCCUGAGCCCACUCCUGACUUCCUGGGUGAAGAGAGUGAGGACAGGACUGAAACCCCACAGUGUGACCCUACAGGUGGUACGGACACACGCCGGGGAUGGCAUGAUGCACCCUUGUUCCUGGGGGACGAUGUAGACACAGAACUCGGAGAGGAACAGGGUCCUGUAGAGGAUGGGCCCAGCCGAGAGCAGUCACCCUUCCAAGAACAGGACAGCUCUGCUGAGUUGCACGAGGCAGAUGAAAUGGAGCCUGACGCCCCCCUCCUGGGCCCUCUCACUGAGCCUUCUAGCCUUGGCGUAGCCACAGGUGUGGAGCAGCUACCGCCUGGGCCCAGGGCUAAUGGGGGCUGCGCCACAGAGCCCAGGGAGGAGCAAAGCUUCCUGAUGGGUGUUGGGGGCCCGAGCCUCCUCAGCCCACAUCCCUGGCAUGGUGUUCCCAGAGUUGACACACCUCAUGCAGAAGUGGCUGAUUGCAGAUGUGACCAGGGGAGCACAGGGGGAGAGUUGAAUCUUCCAGUCUCUGCCUCGGCACUCAGUGUCCACGGGCCUCAGCUCGAGCAGCCAUCACGGGACCAGGUUUCAGCAUCCAGUGACGAGGAGGACAUCUAUGCCCACGGGCUUCCCUCAUCAUCUUCUGAGGCCAGCAUGACGGAGCUCGGAGGCAGCCGCUCCCUCCCGGACCUGGCUCAGCAAGGCGCAGGCGCCACCGGGCUGCUGAAGGCAGACCAGUUUGCAGAGAGCUGGAUGGGCUACUCGGGCCCCGGCUAUGGCAUCCUCAGCCUGGCAGUCUCCGAGAAGUACCUCUGGUGCCUGGACUACAAAGGCGGCCUGUUCUGCAGCGCGCUGCCAGGCACGGGGCUGCGGUGGCAGAAGUUCGAAGAUGCCGUCCAGCAGGUGGCAGUCUCGCCUUCAGGAGCCCUUCUCUGGAAGAUUGAACAGAAGUCCAACCGCGCUUUUGCUUGUGGAAAAGUAACCAUCAAGGGAAAGCGGCACUGGUAUGAAGCUCUGCCCCAGACAGUAUUUGUGGCCUUGAGCGAUGACACAGCUUGGAUCAUCAGGACAAAUGGAGAUCUGUACCUGCAGACAGGCCUCAGCGUGGACCGCCCAUGUGCCAGAGCCGUCAAGGUCGACUGCCCAUAUCCGCUGUCCCAGAUCACAGCCCGCAACAGCGUGGUGUGGGCGCUUACGGAGCAGCGGGCCCUGCUGUACCGCGAGGGCGUGAGCAGCUUCUGCCCCGAGGGCGAGCAAUGGAAGUGUGACAUCGUCAGUGAGAGGCAAGCGUUGGAGCCUGUCUGCAUCGCCCUUGGGGACCAGCAGACACUCUGGGCCCUGGACACCCGCGGAAACCUGUGGUUCAGAACCGGCGUGGUUUCCAAGAAGCCUCAAGGAGACGACGACCAUUGGUGGCAAGUGAGCAUCACAGACUACGUGGUGUUUGACCAGGGCAGCCUGUUCCAGACAGUAAUCCAUGCCACGCACUCGGUGGCCACCGCAGCACAAGCGCCCGUCGAGAAGGUGGCGGACAAGCUGCGCAUGGCGUUCUGGUCUCAGCAGCUGCAGUGCCAGCCCAGCCUCCUGGGCAUCAACACCAGCGGCGUCUGGCUCUCCUCGGGCAGGAAUGAGCUCCACGUCGCCAAGGGCAGCCUCAUAGGCACUUACUGGAAUAACGUUGUUCCCCGUGGGACAGCUUCUGCAACAAAAUGGGCCUUUGUACUGGCCUCUGCAGCUCCCUCAAAGGAAGGCAGCUCCCUGUGGCUGUGCCAGAGCAGCAAGGACCUCUGCUGCAUCAGCACCCGGAGCGCCCAGUCCCGCCCCUCCACCGUGCAGCUGCCCCCGGACGCCGAGAUGAGGGCCUACGCCGCCUGCCAAGACGCACUGUGGGCGCUGGACAGCCUUGGCCAGGUGUUCAUCAGGACACUAUCCUGGAGCUGCCCCACAGGGAUGCACUGGACUCGGCUGGACCUUUCCCAGCUAGGAGCUAUAAAGCUGACAAGCUUGGCGUGUGGAAAUCAGCACAUCUGGGCCUGUGAUUCCAGGGGCGGUGUUUACUUCCGUGUCGGAACCCAGCCUCUGAACCCCAGUCUGAUGCUUCCUGCCUGGAUAAUGAUUGAGCCACCUGUCCAGCCUGCUGGGGUCAUCUUGGUCAGCGUCCACUCCAGUCCCAACGACCAGAUGCUUUGGGCCAUUGACAGCAAGUGGAACGUGCACGUCCGCACUGGGAUCACCGAGGAGAUGCCGGUGGGGACCGACUGGGAGCAUGUGCCAGGGCUGCAGGCCUGUCAGCUGGCACUGAGCGUGAGGACUGUGUGGGCCCGCUGUCCUAAUGGAGACCUCGCCCGGCGGUACGGUGUCACUGACAAGAACCCUGCUGGAGACUACUGGAAGAAAAUUCCUGGAAACAUGUCAUGCGUCACAGGCAGUGACUGCUGCAGACGAGCUGUGGGCGGUCGGUCCACCAGGCUACCUCCUCCAGCGUCUGACAAAGACAUUCAGCCAUUCGCUCGGCACCCAGAAGGGCAGCCUGGCCACCGCCACGCCCCACCCCGAGGACUUUGAGGAUGAGUGGGAGGUCAUCUGAAGGGGUGCUGGCCAAAGCACUUGGGAAGGGGGCUGCGACUUCUGCAGGGGACUCGGCGGGGCUGAGCCACUCACACGGACGUGCUUCAUCUGCCUCGUCUGGCCAGGCCGGCCACACUGCUGUCAUCUGUUUGUCUCCAUCUUGUCUAGAGCACACAGCCUCUGCCCAGUGGCCCCGGCACCUCUGGGCGGUAGCUGCUUCCCAGAUGUGUGCACAACAGUCCCCGCAUUCUGUAGACACAUGCUUGUCGCGGGAGGUCCGGGUCCCACUGGGGGGGGGGUGGCGACAGGGGAGCCUCGCUGGGGCAGGGGAGGCCGUAGCUGGGGCCAGUGGGAGUGGAGGCGACACUCUCAGCACUGAAUAGUUCCCACCCCAGGGGGCCCAUUGCCUCCUGAAUAGACAGGUUCUAGUACAUUCCAUGUUAGACUUCCACCUGGAGAGAGUGAGGUGCGGGGCUACACAUGGAUAAAGAACACACAUCCAUGUGUGCACACAGCACACAAGCCACACACACAUUCACGCACUCCUCAGACACCACAAACAGCACCGGGCAGAGCAGGGCAGCCUUCUGGAGCCCAUGCUUCCAAGUGACAACAAUAAAGGCCAAUGGAUGCAAAUGGAAUAUGUAAGUGUGCACAUGUAUGAAAGUGUAUCCCCUCCCCGAGGCAGGGACAGUGUAGGGUCCGGUCAGGUGGGGGUGGCUGAGCGAUGUUAGCUACUCCAGAAAGGUCUUAGCAAGCUCUUCAGAGUGACAUUUAGCAACACUCCUGGUGGGCACCAUGAAAACCACAAGCCCCCUCAGAGGAUGAAUCUACUCGUUAUUGCCUUUUUUGUUUGUUGUAUUAGAAACCUGUGUAAGAUACCUCAUCUUAAAUCAGAUCUUACAAAUUUGGAGAGACGUGUAUUUUCUGAUACCAGUGGGAGGCCUUUUGACCUCCCUGGCUUGCCCUGAGCUGGUGCUGCCCGCGGCUGCAGCGUUGAGGGUGCACCUCCUGUGGCCUCGGCUCACAGGGUAGUCCCAUAUGCCGGCCGGCUCCAUGUGCAAGCCCAGCACCUUCAGCGGGCGGUUCAGGCCAACAGCCUGGAACUUGGACCCGGUGCCUGCUGUGGCCGUGCCAGAGGCACUGGGCCUUGGGACCAGCCUGCAGUGCUCAUCCCACUCUCUGGCAUCUGAGCAUGGGGACCGGCCAGCCAACCAUGUGUCUGCCCCAAUCCAUGGCCCUGUCCCUCCAGCGAGCGCUGUUUUUAGCCAGCCUUUGGCCUGUAGCCCAUCACUCAAUACCUGUUUUCUAUAUGAAUAGUGUGCCAGGGAGCCCCAGGCCACAGGAAAGCAACAGAUAUGUUCUCUGACAGGGCCUACCAGCUGGGAGGAGGAGUGGGUUUUCUAGGUCCAGUGAGGACAAGAGGCCGAAAUCCCAGGUCUGUCUUCCACUCACUUUUGUACAAACAAGUUCAGUGAUCAACAGGCAGCCGGCUAGGUUCUAGGUGCCGGCGGAGUUCUCCCAGCCCCGCGGGAUGGUAGUAGAAUCCCACCCAGGUCUGGUCUUUGUACACUUGUCAUUCUGGCUUUGAUUUUUAGUUGUGCUUUGACACAGUGCAACAGACUUUUUCAAACUAGCCAAGUCCGCUGUUUUGAGGAGGGGCCCUCAGCAGACACUGCUGAGGCUGGCGUCCCCUCCCACGCUGGGAGGGGUCUACCACUGAUGUCUGCCCACCGCCCACUGCCAGGACUUGAUGGCCAGCUUGGGGUGUGGUCACUCCAGAGCUGGCUCUGCCGCAGUAGCACAUAGGGAGGACACCUGACUGAGACCGAGCGCUGGUUUUCUCCUCAGAGGCCUCAGGCCCUCUUUGAGGAGUUCACGCCCCUGGUUCAGUAAGUCUCCAUCCAAGAAACAAAACUGAGUACCAGAAGUUCCCAGUGGGAAGAUUAACACGCGAAAAAGACCACAUAACAGCAGCGAGAGAUAGUGGGCCCGGUACAGAGAAGUGGCUCAGCUUUAGGGAAGACGGAACACUUGAAUCAAUGAAGACAUGUUUGACUAGGUACACGUAGGUGCCAAGACAUCAGUCCUUUCAAGAAAGUUUCUAGGUUUCAUUUCUUUUUAGUCAAAAUCCGCACUGGGAUUUUUUUGUUGGAGGGAGGCAGGAAGGAAUUCAUAGCACCCACAAACCUGCCCCCUUGACUGUGCCAGGCAUGCCCUGGGCCUCACACGUGCAGCUUCUAGUUAUCUCCCCACUGCGCCCUGCCCCACAAGGCUCUGAGGCUCAGUGACCUGCUCAAGGUCACAGGGAGCCCUGAGACUGGAGCCAGUUUCGUGGGACUACAGACCAGUGAUGUUUGUUGCCACACGGCCUCCUAUCAGCCCUGGGAAGAAGAAACAGGUGAGACUCACCCAGAGGGAGGACAGAUAGGAGCCCUGUGGGGUCAGCAUGUCAAGGAUGACCUGGGCCCAGAACAGUCACAAGGACCAAUGAGAUAAAGCAGCACCACAGCUCUACCGAGACUCAGCAUCAUAAAACUGUUGCCGAGGCAACGGGGGAGCACAGUUUCCCUGCUUAGUUAUUUGGACAGAAAAAAUCAGUUGCUUGCUGUCCUCACACAGUAUACCCAAAUACAUUCUAAGUGGAUUUAAAUACUAGAGGGUAAAGCAAAGUCAGGUCUGGUCUCUAGAUGGCAAGCAUUUUCUAAACUCUAGAGUUAUUGGAAAAGCCACAGAGGAAAGUAAGUGUAUAGACUUCGUUUCUUCAAAAUGAAAAAAUGCUGUAGAUUAAAACCCCACGUAAACUCUAAAGGGAGAACAGUUACAACAAACGGACUUCAGCGUCGAGGAUGUACCUUAAACGCGCGUCAACGUCAGCAGGGUCAGAGAAACACCGAGAUGCAUCUGGACAAAGGAGGUAAAAGUGCAGUUCCUGAAACAACAAAGGCUAUCGGGUAAUGAACUUGAGGCCCACAACUGAACGAGGGCAGGGCCGAGCUCCACACACAGGGACUGCUGGCUGACAACCCCACCUUUCUGGUGAAGGUAGCUGAUGGUGCCUCCAAGGCCUUAAAGACACCCCAGCCAAUGAGCCCCACUGCUGGCGGUCUCCCUUCAGAAAUGCACCCUAAGUCAGGCUGGACGCAGUGCAGCCUUGUUUCUCGUAACACAAAUUAGGAUGUUUUCACCCUGACAUUUCAGGGGGCCGUGGCGUUAACUCUGGCACAUUCUGCUGAUGAAAUAGUAUGCAGUUGUUAAAAAGCAACGUACCUGGUGGUAGAAAUUUGCUGUCAGCCAUCCCUUGCAUAAUGUUACUGUAUCAGUGUUCACUUUCCUGGAUACGGUCGUGAUACUGUGGUUUGGAGAUGGUAUAUGCGCAGAGAGAGCAGGAGAGGUGGUCACGCAGUGGUGCAGCGGCUCCAGGCACUCUUCCAACUACUGUAAGGUGGAGCAUUUUUACGUUUCAAGAGGGGGCGCAGGGGGAGGCGGAGAGAUACAAGCCCCUCAACAAGAAGCCGGGCACAGUGGUUGCCUGCAUUCUGUAUCUUUUUGUACCUUUUGAAUUUUGAGCCAGGUAUAUGUAUUAUUUAUUCUAAAAAUAAAUAAAAUGUAAAAUCUAAAAACUUUAGCCCUCUCUGCAUGAACUCUUUAUGCUAUCAACAGUUGCAGAAUUUCACAAACACACCAGAAAUCAUACUUGCAAACUGCUUUACAACAUAGGAAAUGUUCACUUACAGUAAGCUUGAAAAUACUAAAUUGUGAGCGAUAUGAUCUCAUGUAUGUAAAAAACCACACAUAGAAAACUUUAUAUGUAGAGAGAGAAAACUGGAGGACCAUACACCAAAAUGUCAGCAGGGGUUGUCUUGUGGGGCGGGAUUAUGGUGUUUGCUGCCUUUCAGCUUGAUACUAGACGCUUCUUUAAUGUGGGUCCCUGCCCCCAGGAGCUUUGGAGUGGGAAUCCAGUGGGUAGUCUUUUUCCUGAGGGCUCUGCCCGCCUGCCCUGACAGCUGUUGCUAACCCCAGUGUUCUUCCAUGAGCGUGAAUGUUAUCCAAAGUUUUUAAAAAUCACUAGACAAUCUUUCUGGAAUGAUGGAAAUGUCCACCUUGAUUGAGGGUGAUGGUUGCGUGCUCGUAGACGUUUGUCAUAACUCGUCA